UAAGAAAAUGGCGUAAAGUGCAGGUUAGUGAGUGAAAUGCAUUUGCACGAAAAUAUCGAUUUUCAUCAAUUUUUACCGUGGUAGAGCCACUAUAUCAUCUAAUAACCAUAUGAUUCAAGCAAUAGAUUGGAUCAAUUGAUAUUCUAAUUCUAAUGAUGACUUUGCUGAUGAUGCGCCAUCUAAAGGAAAAACGAUCUACCAGUAUUAUUAUUUUUGUUUUGCGUUUCCAAUAGAUGGCGAAAACCGUGCAAAAAAAGUAUCAAUAUUUUAGUAUUCUGUAUUUUGUCCCCCCGCUGGUUUCCUAGAAUUGCCGGAGAUAAAACAUCAGCAGGCUGCUUGUCGUCGGCCAUUGAAACCAGCUGAUUUGACUGAUUUGACAAUAAAAUGAUCCGGUGCCGUCGGAACUUUGGAGCCGGAAAAGUGUGUAACAAUAGUGCAGUUAAAUUCUGAAGUUACUGAAAUUUAUUGCGCGCUUGCCGGCGACAAUGGAAAAUGAACAAUGGCAGGCCGAUUAUCAACAAUCUGUGGCGACAAAUAUGGAAAGAACUGCCCAGACUUUAAACAAUGGCAACUCAAAAUAUUCAGCCGAAAACGAUGUUCUGCAAAACUCUUGCAUCAAAGAAGAUCCCGAUUCAAAAUGCGACUUUAUGCAAGAUGUUAUUAACGAAUUCAAUUCAGUUACGGCUGUAAUUAGCGAAAAGGGGAAACAAACGAUUCAGAUUAUUCUGGCACAAAUUAAGACAUUGUCCCAAAAUGAAAAAUAUUUUUUAUACCUUAAAUUACCUUCGGAAAUUUCCAACAUAGUGGACCCUUUCAGACAAACACUUAAUCCGUUAGGUACUAGGUCGGAAAUCUAUCGUACCAUUGUGUGGAUUCAGACUCAUUUGGAGGAGGAUCAGAACAUUUCAUUGCCGAAAAAAGAGGUUUACAAUGAAUAUGAGCAGUUUUGUGAAGAUAACAAUAUAAAACCUCUGUCCCAAGCAGAUUUUGGGAAAGUAAUGAAACAGGUUUUUCCAAAGGUGAGAGCUAGAAGAUUGGGUCAGAGAGGUAAUUCAAAAUAUUGUUACUCGGGUCUACGAAGACGUGUCAGCUUAAAUCCUCCCAGAUUACCAGAUUUGUCUGAAAAGCCGUUGUUAGCAGAACCACCCUUCACACAUAACAGUGUUACCUACGCCGCCUGGUUAAUUGUCAAGGAGUGGUCCCAGCAGCAACUGGGCAUUCAGUUUUCAUCUUUGCAGUCUUUGGCUCACUACUUGAUUCGGAAUUGUUCCAUUGGCAUUGGUACGGAAGCGGCCAAUCAGUUAACAUCUGUUGCAGAGACCCAUCCUAAAGGUGAAGAUAGCGCAACGAAAAAUUUAAACAAACACAGGGAGGCGCAAUUGCAACUGCAAAAGAAAAUUCAACAAAAAACGGAAGGGAAAGAGAGGAAGAGAAAAAUUCAACCGGCGGUAAAAGUGGAGGUAAAGCCGGGUAGCAAAAAGUGCAGAUCCCAAAGUCUGGGCGCCACUCCGAUAGAUCCUGCUUCGUUGGGCGGCGCACCGGGUAUGGGAAGCAGCGAAUGCAGUACAGCGAGCAGCAGUGGCAGCAGUAGCACCAGUGUCAGUCCCACUCAGGGCAAAACUAUCUGUGAUAAAUCAGAAUUGACUCAAUUCCCAGCGUUACCUGACUUCAAGAGUUUCCAGAAACCGGUAAACGAUGGAGCAAAUAAUAAUAUCGGAAAUGGGCAGGACAAAACUUGCACGGUUUCGGCUUCGCCUUGCAACAAGACAUCCGUACCGAAACUUCAAUUGAUGGGCGGCCAAAAUGGUCAAGGCCAAGCGAGACCCGUCCGUAAGCUAAAGUACAAAGCGAUCCAGCCCAGACUGCAACCAUGUGAUAUUGCGAUGUACAAUGCUGUGCCGAAGCAACCGAGCCAGGUCGCAUCGGACCACCGAUCUCAAGAAGUAAACUGUGUAGAAACUAGUGUAAAAGAUAAUAUUAAGGAUGGCAAGUGCGACGAUGGUAAUUUGGAUGAAUCUGACGAUGUGACUGACGAUUUUCCGCUGACUCGGGAACGACUCGAUAGUGUGAGCAAUGUUGCGAAAGACGCCAUGGAUGAAUAUUUAGGUACGAACAACAGUCAACACGAAGAAGAGUUAUCCAAAUACUUCAGCAAUAGCGAAUCGAACGGUGUCGGCGACGCGGAAAACUUUAACAAACUGUCGACGUUGAGACAACUUCUCGAACAGAACGGCAUAUCGGAAAAAAAAACCGCCGUUCAAGGAGUCCCUUCUGAUUUAGGGUCUAACAUCGGCCUACAGGAAGGCCUCGGUUCCCUCCAGAAUCGGGCUCCGAUGUUAUCGAAUCGAGGAUUCGCGAAUCCUCCAUUGCAAAUCGUACAAACCCCGCCGAGCCUCGCAGCCAGAAGACGGGUGAGUUUCGAAGAUUCCGCCAGUCCCAACGCGAAGGGAAAACAUUUCAAUUUCACCCCGAUCUCGCCCCAGUCGAAAUGUUCGAGCGCGACCGCUAGUCCGUUCGUGAGUCCGAGGAACACCCCCGUGCCUCGCGUAAAAAAUACCCACGCUAAAAAAGAGCUCGAUCUACGUCUAGAAAUACCAGCCGAAGUAAACGUUACCUGUUUGCCGAUGUCGGCACCGGUCAGUCCGAUGCUGAGCAACAACAAGUCCCUCCUCCAGAAACUGUUGAACGCGAACAACAAAGUGUCGUACCGACCGGGUUACGCGGGACGAAGGGACUACGUGCCCGACAUGGGGAUCAGGUCCCAGUCCGUGCCUCUGCACCAAAUGCCCAGCGACAACGCGUUAAUAACGGAACUCCUGGAGGAGGGUCCCGAUUUCGGCGAAAUUUGCUCCCAGACAGCUAGCGAUAACGUGAAACAAAUACUGAACUCAUUGGACGAGCAGACGUGCGAUAAUAACAAUAUUGAAACGUUCAAUUUGGAUUUGUCGAGCAGUAAUCAGGCAUUGCCCGAAUUCGGCUUGCAUUUGGUUAACGGUGGCCCAGAGGGCGCCUCCUUCGCCCAACACUUGCAACUGAGGAACGACAUGGAUGUCGUCGAAAUGGGUUUGGACAAAUGUCCGCCCGCAAGAUCCGUUCCGUGCACUCCGUCACCUUUCCCGUCGAAAGAGUCGAGUUCUUCCCGGUCGUAUCCUUCGACGCCGUUGAAUUCGACCGAGAUAUUCGUCUACAAUUUGAACUCCGAUUGUUUACUGAACGGACAACCGAUACGAACGGACAACGUGGAAUAUGGGAUAGCGAGUUUCGGCGACAAUAACGUCAUGCCGGAGAAGGCGGGGAUGAGUUUGGAAAGUGAUUUUGUGAUAAUCGACAGCGGGGAUGCUUUGGUCGACGACGACGGUAUUUUAAUUCAGCAGGGUUAUAACGCUAACAUUUAACUGAGGGUUCGAAGCGCCCGAUGCCAUAUUUCCGCGGUCGUUGAACGUUAUUUUUGUAAAAGAGAAAGACUGAUGCGUUUCUAUAUUUCGAGCGGGGUACGAAUACGUCGGGUAAUUUAAUUUAAUGGCACCGGAUUAUAACCUUACAACAAUUUUGUAUUGGAACAAGCAGUUUGCGAAUAAAAUGCCAGUUUACUUUUUUUAAAUUGUAAAUAUGAAAUCAACCAUAUUUUUUGUGAUGUAUGGAAAUAUUUUUACGAUUUAAUUAUAUAUUUUAUGAGCACUACUAUAUAAAAAUUGGAACAAGUUUUCAACAACUUCUUAGUAUUAAUGACAGCCUGAUCUGUAUUGCAUCAAUUAGGCCUUCACAGAAAUCAGGGGUAAAAUUCUUAUUUCUUGCAAUUUAGCACGCAGGUGUGUUAAAGUACGCAGAGGAUCAUUUCUUAGGCUUUGUUUUAUUUUGUGCCAAAGUGUGUCCAUUGAAUUGAGAUCCGGGUUGCUAGAGGGACGUGACAUAACUUUAAAAUUAUUAAUUUCUAAAUUAAUUAAUUAAAUUUAAGACGGAUAUAACUUUGAUGCACUUGGUAAGAGAGGAUGUUCCAUGAAAUCUACGUUUACUGUGCUUUCAGUAAAUUGUAAAGUUCCCAAACAACGACAUGCAACCUCAUACUAUGACGGCCCGUGGACAUUUUACAGCCCUUUUGAGACAAUCCUUAUGGAAUGUUUUACAGAGACACCAAAUCUUCUUUCAUUGCUAAAGAUAGCUUUGUCCCAGUUAUGUUUGGGCCGCGAAAGUUUAAAAUUGGCCCAAAUGCAACUAUUCCUUUUUUGAGUUUCCGUCAACAAUGGCCUAGUCGUACAAAUCAAAAAACAGAAAAUUUAUACGUAUCAACCUUCAUACAUACUUAGAAAAACCAAGACAGCUAUUGUGGAUAUAUUUGCGACAGCAUUCUCUGGAAACAUUCAUUCCAGUUCCUUUAUUUCACCUGGUUGCUUCUCGUAAUGUAUUCCUUCUUCCUGACUUUACAUAUUCUAAUUAAAUACGUUAUCACUUUUGAAAUUUCAUUUAUCAGUUUUCACCGUAUCAUUAUGUAUUUUACUCGUAACAGGUUAUUAAUUAUUAAUUAUUAAAAUUAUUAAAAAUUAAACAGGUUAUUAAUUGUUAAUAGUUAAAUGAUGUGUGAGAAUUCUUGUUGGCACUACCUGCUCGUAUGUCUCCUUUCAAAGGCUCAAGAAAUGUGAGCAGAAGCUAAACAUGUUUCAAUUUUUAGUUGUCCAACAUUUAAUGAAAUAAUAAUCAACAUAAAAUAUAUAAUUAAGAAUUACAAAUAAUUCCAUACAUCAUAAAAAAUGCUACUGAUUUCAUAUUUACGAUUUAAAACACAUAAAUAAAAGAAUUUCGAUAAACUGGCAUAUAUUUAGAGGUUAGAGGUGGUAGUAAGUAUUGAGAUAAAAAAAUGUUUGAUGCAAACUGUACAGAAGUUUAAUUUAAAACGUUUUUAAUACUAUUUUUCCAUUAAGAUGCAUUUAAAUGUAUUUAUUCACUGCCAGCUCGUGGAAUUUCUCAGAAGCUUCGACUUUUUCGUUUAUUUUAUGCUUAAAGUCAAGAUGUUCCGAUGCUUAAGAAGAAUUAAAAAGUUUUUGGAAUCUUGAAAUUUAAUGGAGACUAGUACAUGGUUUUCAUUUAUAUUUCGACGUCCACUUGCACAGCUUAAUUAAAGGGAAUAGGCGAAAGUUUUUUACGUAAAAAGUUUUGUCUUCAUUAUCUUCUGAGUGUGCCCGUAGAAACGAAUAAGCGGCGAAAAUGUAAAAUAAAUCAACUUUUUUUAUGAAAAUGUAUGUAGUAUGUCCGUAUUUGGUUAUUCAAAAAUAAAAAGUGAAUUGUUUAUUGUUGAUCAUUUGUUUUUAUUGAUAAUAGAGAUAAGGAAAAAAAAAAUCAUACAACGUUAAUAUAAAAAGUUUGUCCCUUUUAAUAAACCUUGCAGUUGGGCGUUAAAAUAUAAAAGAAAACCCUGCAGGAGCUUGAUAGGAUAUUCUGUUUUU